AAAGUAACAAACACAAGCAAAUCCAAGACUUUGCCAGCUCCAUUUCCCUGUACUAACUAAUCACCAAUAAAGUCAAAAUCCGUCCAACCAAACAACCCCUAAUCAAGAACCAUCAAGAAACACUCAUCUUCUUCUUACCCUUUUCCAUGAAGCACUUGAAAUCCUCACUAAUCCACUAAAACAAUGUCAAGAUCCCAUCUUUUUAUCAUUACACUUCUUGGGUUUUGCUCACUUUGCUCAUCCCAGUCCCCCACAAAAUGCCCCCUUGAUUUCAAUGUUCUCAGGCGCCUUGCUGAGGGCUCCAGGCCCUCCGAUAAAGUCGCUGAUCAGUGUCUCUUGAUCCUCCAGGGCUUACGCCUGGUUCAAUCUGAUUAUCUUAGGAGGACUAACAAGUUCUUGCCUCCUCUCUCGUCUGCUGAGUCUUGCUGGAAAGAUUAUCAGGGAAAUUUUGAUCAGUUGGGUAAUAGUUUUGAUAUUCGAAGCACUUGUGGAUUUGAGACUCAGUGGAUUGCUGAAGGGUGUCAGAAUAUUACUACAAGGGAAGAGUAUGAGAGUAGGAAUAGUAGGAAUGCUUUGAAUGGGGUUUCACAGGCUUGUAAUCAGUCUUUGAAUGGGGCGCCUUGUGCUACUUGUACUACGAGUCUUUCGGCUUUGUUGCCUUCUGAUGUCAAGGGGGAGAAAGUUGGGAAUGUGUCGGAUUGUACUGCGUUUAAGUCCAUUUAUGCAGCUGCUUUUGCGAAUUCGUAUGGUCCAACUGAUAGGGGGACAGCUGAGUGUUUGUUUGCGCUGACAUUUGAUAGGUCGAAUAAGGAUGAGAGUAGGAGGAAGAUUUUGAUUGGGGUGUUUUCGGGGAUUGGGGGUUUGAUAAUUGUGGUUGGGGUUUGUGGGUUUUUGUGGUUUAGGAAGAAGAAGAUUGAGAGGGCUAAGAGGAAAGAGGAGAUCACGAAGAAAUGGACUGAAUUGAAUUCGUCUGCGUUGGAUUCAAUUAGUGGAAGUACUACAUUGAUUAAGUUUUCGUUUGAUGAGAUUCAGGAGGCGACGAAGAAUUUCUCGAGGUUGAAUAUAAUUGGGAAGGGGGGAUAUGGGAAUGUGUAUAAAGGGGUUUUGCCGGAUGGGACUGAAGUUGCGUUGAAGAGGUUUAAGAAUUGUUCCGCUGCUGGAGAUGCAGAUUUUUCUCAUGAAGUAGAGGUUAUUGCUAGUGUCCGUCAUGUGAAUUUAGUGGCUUUAAGAGGGUAUUGUACAGCUACAACGAAUUUUGAAGGUCAUCAAAGGAUUAUCGUUUGUGAAUUGAUGAAGAAUGGGAGUUUACACGAUCAUCUUUUUGGGUCGGAUGAAAAGAAGUUGAGCUGGCCUCUUCGACAAAAGAUUGCGUUAGGAACUGCUAGAGGAUUGGCAUAUUUGCAUUAUGGGGCACAACCAACUAUUAUUCAUAGGGAUAUUAAAGGUAGUAACAUACUUUUGGAUGAUGAUUUUGAGCCUAAAGUUGCAGAUUUUGGCCUUGCUAAGUUUGCACCUGAGGGAGCAACACAUGUUAGCACUAGGGUUGCUGGAACAAUGGGCUACGUUGCCCCUGAAUAUGCUUUGUAUGGGCAGUUGACAGAGAGAAGUGAUGUUUAUAGUUUUGGAAUUGUGCUUCUUGAACUUUUGAGUGGGAAAAAGGCGCUUCUUGAGAUCGACGAGGACCAGCAUACACUUGUGGCGGAUUGGGCUUGGGCGUUGGUUAGGACAGGUAGACCAUUAGAUGUUGUUGAAGAAGGUAUUCCGGAGUUAGGGCCACCAGAUGUUAUGGAAAAGUAUGUGUUGCUUGCUGUUCUUUGUUCUCAUCCUCAAUUGUAUGCCAGGCCUACAAUGGACCAAGUAGUGAAGAUCUUGGACUCAGAUCUGCCAGUCCCAAUGAUACCCGAGAGGCCUAUUCCGAUCACUGCUGCUAUUGAUGAUAUUGAGAAAUCUGUUAGCACCAUGAAUUCAGGUAAUUUGUCCACUUAUUCUGGCUAUCAGCCAUACAUUGAUAAUUCUGCACCUAAUACACCAAGGUUGUAGUGGGCUGAUAGGCAGCAGUUUAAAAGCUCUUGCUUCUGAAUACAAUAGAGGAAGUCAGGAGGUUUUGCUCAGCAAGGGGGAUAUACCCCUAGAUUUCUGCAAAAGCAAUCUUUCAGAAGCUUCUUGAGCUUAUUGUUGAGUUAAAAGUUUUAGAAAUAGGAUCUUUCCAAAUUUAUUUGUAGAGUAAAUUAUGAUUGUUUUGUUUAAAAAGGAGAUAGAGCAUAUGGUUUUCGUUCUUUGCCAUCAGGUGUGUCCUUGGCCGCAUAUGCAAAUCUGCAUGCGCUAAUAGUGUUAAUUAUCAGGACUCUAGAGGGCAGGAGUAAUAUCUGUGUAUAGAUCGAACCCCUUUCUACUAGUGUUUUCUUUUUUGAUAAUCAGACAUUCUUUCUAAGAAAUUUGAAUUGUGCAGAUUACUUC